AUGGAUAUUACUCUUCAAGAACUUCUUGAUCAAUGGAUCAAAAUUGAUUCACAUCAUAACAUUGAAGCACAUUUACCUCAACUUAUUCCCCUCGAUUACAUUGAUCAUAUUUAUAUUCCAAAAAAUUUGUUUAGCGGUCUCAAUGAGAACGCACUUAAAGCGAUUGAUGCUGUUUUCAAACAUCGUAUCACUCUUGUACCACACGAUGGUGAAGCCAAUCAUGAAAAGGGACCAUUUGGUCCAACUCCCAAUUUGAAAUCACGAGUGGACUAUCAAAAUUUUGUAGUUAAAGAAUUAAUUAAUCAGUAUAAGGAGAAUGCUACUCAUCCAUUGUUGAGUCCUAUUCAAGGUGUGGUGAUCACCAUACCCUCAUCAAGCUUUGAUGAUCACUAUGUUUUACCUCUGACGAUUUCCCAAGCAUAUAAACAAUAUCGUAUUGAAAAUCAUCACGUAUCAAAAGACAAUAUAACUUAUAUUUAUUGGAAAGCCAUGAACUGA